CAUUGCCUGGUCACACUGGUGCCAAAAGUAGUUUGUUUUCGCCAAAAAAAAGUCUGCACGCACUAGUUUGCCCAGCUGUGGUGUUUUGUUUUUGUUAUUGCUCCACUCCAAACAAAGACGCGCUGCUGCCAGUUUUUAACCCAGUUUCGAGCUCCGCAGCUCGGCAAUGAAAGCAGCUCCGCCGAGACCAACAACAAGCGCGUCGCACUAGUGUGGAGAAAGGAGCGCGCAGCGGGUGUGUGUGUGUGAUUUUGUUGUUGUUGCGCUUGGUGGUGGACGGAAGCAACGACAUUGGCAUAGAAAAUUUUGCAUACUCUCUCUCUCUCCCACACCUCUCACGUAGAAAACGGAAAUUGAUCGGUUGUGUAAAUUGGAAAGUGCACAAAAAUCGCGAGCGCAUAACGGUACGUGUGUAUACACACUCAGCAGCGCACGCAGACACGCACACAUGACACACAUGGAGGCAGCACUUGGUUAAUGCGUCCCGCUUGGAGCAAAGAAAACAAAGACAGAGCCAAGGAGCAGGAGCGAUGACCGCACGGGAGAAUGUCGUCGCCAGCCGCCUGUCCAAGCUGAUGCUUAGCAAUGGACAAAGCGGGAGCAGCACUGGCAGCGAGGUGCAGUCGCCCAUCUCUCCGGGAGAACAGUCGCUGGCCCAGUCGGAGCUGAAUCAGCUAAAGCGGGACGCGGAUCCUCAGUUCUCCCGCUUUGCCGACUACUUUGUGAUAUGUGGCCUGGACCUGGACACGGGCCUUGAGCCGGAUCGCUUUGCAGGCGACAACUUGCACUGUUCGCCUCUGGAUAGAGCUUAUAAGAGCAAGCCCCUGGCCCAUUAUCCCGAGAAUGUGCCCUGGAACCCCUUCGAUGCGCACGGUAUUUGCAUGCUCUCCCUGCCGCAGGGCCUUCGCUUCCGCACCCAGAAACACAACAUCGAGCCGAAAUUCCACUCGUUCGCCACCACGCGGGAGGAUGGAAAACGUUGCUAUGGCUUUAGCCUGGUGUUCUACGAGGAGAUCCGCAACAGGAACAUUUGUGGGGCCAUUCACACGCUGCAGAGCAUGUUCAUCACGGAGCUGUCCAACGGCCAGCAGACACACUCGCUCAGCCGGGUGAAGCAGGAUGGCCCGGUCAGUCGCUCCCUGCCCCGGCACUUCAAGGUGGCUGGCCAGGCACCGCAGUCCGCGCAGAGCUACUACGACAUCAACAAGGACAAACUGUAUGUGGCCAAGAGCAUAUCGCUCAUCUGCCAGGCGCCCUACGCCUUCGCCGCCCAGAUGUUCCUCAAGAACCUCUACAGAUGUCUUCCCCGUCAGCCGGGUGCUGGGAUCAGUCUGGAGUCGUACGUGUACAACAUACUAUACGAGGUGAUGCUGCCGCAGCCGGGCAAAUCCAUACGCGUUUACCUGCCACCCACGGAGCCGCACUUGCCCGCCAUUGCUUUAAUCCUUCAGCGUCCGCUGCUGGCCACCGAGCUGCCGCUGCUCGACUUUCCACUGCGCCUGCUCUUCAAGUAUCUGGGCGUAGAGUGUGUCAUUCAGCUGCUGACGUGCGUCCUCUUAGAAAACCAGGUGCUGCUCCGGUCCACAGACUACCAGAGACUCAUGAUUGUGGGCGAGUGUAUCACCUCGCUGCUGUUUCCGUUCGUGUGGCCCCACGUCUACGCCCCCAUCCUGCCGGCCGCCCUGCAUCACUUCCUCGAUGCGCCGGUGCCCUUUGUAAUGGGCCUGCACGCCGAGUGCGAGGCGGCGCACAAAAUCGGCAGCGAGGCUACCUUGUGCUUUGUGGACAUCGACAAGAAGCACAUCCAGCUGCCCGAGGAGCUGCCUGUCUUCCCACACAAGCUUGACUUUAUGGCCGAAAUCGGCUCGGUGCUGGAUAAGUUUGAGAUCGAGGGAGCCCGCGACCAGGAAUCUGGUAUCAGAAAUGGCUAUGGAUGUCGCGGAGCGGGAGGAGGCGUCGGUGGCCCGGUGGGCGGUGGCGGUGUUGGAGCCUGCGGAGCUGAUGCAAUGAUCUCUAGCUGCACCCUUCCCACGGGCCUGCAGGCGGCGCGACGGAGCAAGGAGCGCUUUCAGCAGUUGCAGGAGACGGUCUACACGUUGUCGGGAUCACCCGGCGGUGGUGGUGGUGGUGUCGUGGAGUAUCAGCCGCUAAUAGCGCAUCCGUCGCGUAUUGACCACGUGCCGCGCAUCGCUGACUUCCUGCGCAGAAAGGGAGGCAUCCGGGGCAGCCAGGGAGCUAACUCCCCCGUGGGCAGUCCCACCGUCUCGCUUUCCUCCUCGCCGGUGGGCGUAUACCACGAUAUAGACGCCGUGGAUGCCACUAUGCCAGCAUCCACGCGUCGCGGGGAGAAGCCAAAGUUGAGUGCCGUGGAUCAGUACUACCAAGACCUGCGCAUCAACAGCUCGGUGCGAGAGAUCUUCCUCAAUCGGUUCGUCCACAUGUUUCACGCCUACGAGUACUUCGUGAUCUAUCCGAAUCAAGCUCGGGACGAGUGGAUCUCCAACCGCGAGACGCUGCAGAACUUUGACAAGUCCUCGUUCCUGUCCGACCAGCCGGAGCAUCAUCGGGCCUUCCUCUCGCGCUUUCUCGAAUCUCAAAUGUUUGCCACGCUUAUCGACAAUAAGAUCCUGGCCAUGUGGGAGCCGCAGCCGGAUGAGCAGCUCCAGCUAUUUGACCAGCGGGUCAAGCUUCUGAGGCGACGUCACGGGGAGAACAUGAUUGCCGCCACCAGCUACGAGCCGUGCGUUCUGAGCCAGGACUCACAGCAGGGCUUCGAGAAGCGGCUGAACUGCAUCGACAUUGAGGUGACGCCGCCCAGCGAGAUCCUGGCCAACCGGGCGGCCUACUUCCGCAGCUUUCCGCUGCUGGAGAAGGGCGUGCUCAACCAGGAGUGCGCCUCGAGAGGCAACAGCCUGCGGCGGGUGAAGAACGGCAACAAGUGGCGGGCCAGGGAGAUCUCGCUGGACCAGAAGCCAACCACCGGUGGCUCCUCGAAUGCCCUCAAUCGGCUCUCGGCCAACCUGACCACGGCGGAUGUGAGUCCGGCUUUGAUUGCCCAGGCCAAUUGGACGUUUGUGGAGCGUCUGCUGAAGGACAUCAAGUCGAAGACCAAGCGCAUGCUACUCGAAAAGAUGGGCAACGAGGCUGUGGCCUUGGGCCUCAAGGGCGACGGCAUCGAGGAGAACACUUUGAUAGCCAGCAUGUGCGAUCUGCUGGAGAAGAUUUGGUCCCAUGGCCUGCAGAAUAAGCAGGGCAAGUCCGCCCUGUGGGCCCAUCUUCAGGCCUACCUUGAGAUGCAGGAGGCGCGUGGUGCUGGCGACACUGGAGCAGGGGGAGCGGGAGCAGAGCAGUCACUGGCUGUGUCCAGCAGCAGUCCUGGCAGCAAGAUGACCAUUGCCACAGCCUCGCCGGCCCUGGCCUGGAAUGCCAUGCGCAAGCGGAUGGACUAUCUUUCUACAUUCCAAACGGAUUUUGACACUCCGCCGAGUCCCAAUCGCAGCCGGUCGCGGGAUCGCAACAAGUUCGUCGGCCUGGAGCAGCUGUGUCCCCUGCCGGAGUCCCUGGAGUUUGAUGUGAAGAACGUGCUCGCCAUGGCGGAUAUUAAAACCCAUAUUGGCUAUACCCGCGCCUGGGUGCGUCUGUCGCUGGAGAAGAAGCUGCUGUCCCGCCAUUUCCGCACCCUGCUCUCCGAUGAGGCUUUGCUGCGCUCGCUGUACAAGCGCUCGGCCUUCCUGCGUUGCGAGGAGGAGAAGGAGCAGUUUCUUUACCACCUGCUGACCCUCAACACGGUCGACUACUUCAGCUUCACAAACAUAUACCCCUCAACGAAGCUGCCCUAUCGCGUCGUGAUCUUCCCCUCCCGCAAGUACGGCUCCUACCACACCUCCAGCAAUGUCUGGAUCAUGAUUUCGGGCACCAUGAACGAAACGCAGCGGGUGCCAGUACCCAAGGGAUCCCUGGAGUUUAUCUUCCACUACAAGAACCUGGGCCUGCUGACAACCAUGCGCAUUGGACACGACAACUCGGGGCCCAGCCACAAGUGGCUGGUGGAGCAGGUGGUGAUGCGCAAUGAGGUCACCGGCCACACCUACAAAUUCCCCUGUGGCCGUUGGCUGGGCCGCGGUGUCGAUGACGAUUCCACGGAGCGCCUGCUGGUGGGCCAGCGGGCCUCGACGAGCGUCAAGAACGCCGAACUGGUCCCGGGCUCUGACACACGCACUCCGCCGCGCACACGCAGUCCCAGCGUGCAGCGCCAGGAGUCGCUGUCGCCGUCGGAGAUCCAGCAUCAGCUGGGCAACUGUGUCAACGUGCUGGUCAAGUGGCACUACAAGCCCAGCCGGGACCGGGAUGUGGGCACGCUGACCAGCCUGCUGUGCGGGGACGAUGGGCUGGUCAAGUGUCUGGAGCAGGUCUUCCUCUGCGGCUUCCGGUCGGCGCGAUUCUUUGGACGCAAUCUGUACAUUUGGGAUUACUUUAGCAAGAUCAAGGAGCUGUUCGAACAGAAUCUGCAGCUGGAGCUGGAGGACUCGGCCUCGAGUCUGGACUCCUCGUUUAGCGGCAGCAGCGGCGGUAGCACCCUGCAGCGCCGUGAAAUCUCCGGCAUCUGGCGACUGUAUGUGCAGCUGAUGGACGAGAUCAAUGGUACGGCGCUCGGCAAAGAUGGCAAGUUCCAGCUGCUUAUCUGCCUGAGCCUGCGCGAGCAUCUGCUGACGCGCCUGAUCAAGCCGAUGGCCCUCACCAAGGUCACCCACGAGAUGUACGAGGAGGAGAGCUUCCUGCGGCGCCGCAACCUGCUCACCUUCCUUAUCCAGAUUCUGGAGCCGCUGGACGACUGCCACAUAGUGCUGGAGAACUCGAUCACGCAGGGCAUUCGCAUACCAUCCCAGUGCUAGCUCCAUCUCCACUCUUCCCACAAUACUCAUCAUCCCACACGGACAUUUUGCAACCAGUGACCUAGAGAAUACUCACACCCAUACAUAUGCUCUUGAGGAAUCUCGGAACUCUCGAAUUCGUUGUUAGCUUUAUUUAAGAGCAGAUCAGGACCCUCGCCUGACUGCACCCAAUUCUAAUCCUAGCCACCACUUGCCAUUCGAUCCGACUGCUUGCCAAGAGGAGCCCGGAGAAGGCCCCCCCAAUUGAAGCCAAAGUUGAACACGAGAAUUCCUUGCAAUCGAAUUUCAAAGACAUUUAUUGUGCAAUUAGGAGAAGCGUUUACUACUACAAAGCCAGAAUUCUAAAGUGUUGUUCAAAGAUCCAAAUAUAUAUAGAAAGUACGAAAGCCCAGGGGUGGUCAGUAGCUUUAAGAGCCCUUUUAAUAACGUCCUCUCUCCAGUCAAUUCCCCCGACUUUUGUUCCAACUUCAAUUGUGGCUUCUCGUUUUGUUUUUCAUUAUUUACCAAAGAAUCUUUGUUUUUUUAUUAAUGAAUAUAUAUUUUAUUAGGUUUAAGCAGGGGGCUAGGGGAGAUCAGUCCCCAGGAAGUGUACAUGUUCAAGCUUUAUUUUCACUCUACACUACUCAGCCAAAAGUGUUUGUGCAGCUAAAGACAGCUAUAUGUAAUACUUGAGAGACAGACACCGAGGGUCAAUAAAUAUGCAAAAGACAUUAAUAAAGUUUGAUUGUUGUCAAAA